ACGUGUCAGACACAUGUAUGCAGUCGGUUUGAAUUUUUUUAGUACGAGUAUAAGAUAUCUCCAAGGUGGUAAUUCAUAUUCAUAUUUUAUUCUGUUCAAGUAUUCUAUAAGAAACAUAUAAAACCGUUGUUCAUUCUUUAAUAGUAUCUUGAUACGUUAUAAUAACAAUUCAUACAGAAUGUCGAAAUCAAGGAAAAGUAAAACAAGACGCGGUAGUGAACAAAUAGAUGUUAAUGUUAAAAGAAUAAAGAUGUCAGUGAACGAUGACAGUGAUACAGAGAACGAGAGUAAAAGCGAAGAAACGUUGGUCGAUAUUUCUGAACAAUUAUUAUCAUUGGAAAGUAAUUUGGCUUCUGAGCUAAGAAAGAUUAAAUUUGGUUUACCUGUAAAGUAUGUGUAUAGUCCACUUGAAUACGCGUAUGAUACACAUAAAAUGUAUGUAAAAGCAUAUUGCUGUACUGCCAAAAAGAUAUUGUUUCUUGGAAUGAAUCCCGGUCCUUGGGGUAUGUCUCAAACCGGUGUUCCAUUUGGAGAAAUAAAAAUGGUUCGCGAUUGGUUGAAAAUCUGUGGACCAGUUGGAAAGCCUGAUAAAGAGCAACCGGAUAGAAAAAUAACUGGAUUUCAAUGUACACGUACCGAGAUUAGCGGGAAAAGAUUAUGGGGUCUUUUCCAAAAGUUAUGUGGAAAACCAGAAAAGUUCUUUGAACAUGCGUAUUUACAUAACUAUUGUCCUAUCGCAUUAAUGGACACGAAAGGCCGUAACAUCACACCGGCAGAAAUAAAGGGUCCAGAACAAAUAAAUCUGCAGUCUUCUUGCGACAAUGCUUUGGCGGAUGCAAUUCGUCUUUUAAAAGUUGAAAUUCUUAUUGGUAUUGGCGGAUACGCAGAGAAACGAGCUUUACGCGUAGUACAGUCUCAUAACUUGCACGUUAAGGUUCUGUGUCUACCUCAUCCAAGCCCACGAGCUGUAAAUAAUAAAAAUUGGGAUGAAAAAGCAGAAAGCAAGUUGAGAGAAUUUGGGUUGCUCGAAUGCUUUACCAGUUAGAUGCAGUUACUGAAAUAGGAAGACUGAGAAAAAAACUGCCAUGGUGAAACCUGUGAUUUAAACAUUAAAAAUAAUUUACAAAUAUUAAAACAAAAACAAAAAACGUAAUGGAUAAUGUGACGU